GCCUGCACCAUGACCAGUCAGAACAGCUGGGGAUACGGGCAGGAGGACGGGCCUUCUGAGUGGUACAAGUCCUAUCCCAUUGCUGAAGGGAAUAACCAGUCUCCCAUAGACAUCAUCCCUGCGCAGGCCAUUUAUGACCCCUGUCUGAAGCCCCUUAAUAUUUCCUAUGGAGCAUGUUCAUCUCUUGGCAUCUCCAACAAUGGGCAUUCCGUCAUGGUGGACUUUAAGGACAUUGACGACAAGACAGUGGUCAGAGGGGGCCCACUGGAAGAUCCUUACAGGCUGAAGCAGUUCCAUUUUCACUGGGGGAGGAGCCCGGAUUGUGGAUCAGAGCAUACCAUCAAUGGCCAAUCUUUUCCUAGUGAGCUCCAUUUAGUCCACUGGAACGCCAGGAAAUAUGCAUCCUUUGGAGACGCAGUGACUGCACCAGAUGGCUUGGCUGUGGUGGGUGUUUUCUUGGAGGUGGGCGAAGAGCAUGCCGGCAUGAACAGGUUGACGGAUGCCUUGUACAUGGUCAAAUUCAAAGGAACCAAUGCCCAGUUCAGAUGCUUCAACCCAAGCAGUCUCCUGCCCCCAUGCCUAGAUUACUGGACAUAUCCCGGCUCUUUGACAACACCUCCCUUAAAUGAGAGUGUGACGUGGAUAAUACUGAAGGAGGCAAUCAGUGUAUCUGAGAAACAGAUGGAGAAAUUCCGAACUCUCCUUUUUACCACCGAGGAAGAUGAAAAGAUCCAGAUGGUGAAUAAUUUUCGCCCCCCUCAGCCUCUGAAAGGAAGAGCAGUUCGUGCAUCAUUCAAGGCUUAAGAAGAGGGAGAGAGAGACAGAGGAUGGAAAGUGGCCUUCAGGAUAUCCAGAGUGUUUCCAUUAUCAGCAAACACAAAAUGAGGCAAUUGAUCUUCCAAGGAGGACGCAAGAUCCUCUGCGGGACAUUCAAAGAGUUUGACUUUGAUCCAAGCAUGGAUGCCAUUAUCAUUGACUUUGAGCCAAGCAUGCCAUACCAUCAUGGAGUAUACAGUGCUCAUGCGAAUCCUCACAGCUAUAGCGCUGCAUGGGAAGUCUGGUGGAGAACUUGACUCCUUGAGACCUGAGCUUUCAUUUUUGAAAAAGGGAGUUCAUCUAUUCCCUGUUUAUCAUGGACAAUCCCUAUUUUCCUGGUUUGCCCUGGAAAAUACUAUACUCAGAAUGCUUAAAAACAAACAAACAUCAGUGUGCAUACAUGUGUGCUAGAGUAGAAUCCACCAAGUUUUUGAUUCCUUUUGUAUGUCUCUAAUCUAGACUUUAACUCAUUGUGCAAUCUGUUGCAGGUUCUUUAUUCAGAAGUCAGUCCCAUCAUGUUGAAUAGGGCUUACUCCCAGGUAAAUGUUCAUAGGGCCAAA